AUGCUGUUGGCUGAUGGAACCAUCGCCAAUCGUCUGGAGGAAGUCGGUGGCCGACAUCAGGGCGAUAUAGUGCUGACCGAUAUCCAACUUGACGCUGCCUUGGGCGGAGGUAUUCCUAUAGUGUACGAUGCCGUCAAGUGGGUGAAGGGUGUUGUGCCGUUCCAAUUCGAUGCUGCCUUCACCCCCGCCCAGCAGCAACAGAUAUUGCUUGCGAUGACGAUGAUCUCUUCUCGCAGCUGCAUUCGGUUUGUGACACGCGAAAUCCCAACCCACAGGCAGUUCCUCAACAUUACGGCCCUGCCCAGUGGUUGCUGGGCCACGCUUGGUGUGAACGCGUUCGUCAACCAGAUGAAUCUGCAAACGGAUGGCUGUAUGCAACUGGGCGACAUCGCCCAUCAGCUACUGCACGUGCUAGGUUUCACACACCCCCAGAGCCGUCCGGAUCGUGAUUUCUAUGUGCGCGUCCAGCAGGAUGCUAUCCAUCCCGAUCAGAAGGACAACCUGGCCAGCUACACACAGGGCACGAUCGAGGACUUUGGCAUUCCGUACGACUACGAGAGCAUCCUCCACUGUCAGACGAAUGCCUUUGCCGGGGCGACCUCUGGUCGUCCAACGGUCGUUCCACUGGACAACGUCGACAUCGGACAACGGGAAGUGCUGAGCAUUAAGGAUGUGCGUAAGCUGAACAAAAUGUACGACUACGACUUUUGCGGCACUUGCGUUCGCGAGAGUUGCAUCGACUUCUAG